AUGGAGUUAAAUGAAUCUCAACAAUCAUUAACAAGCUCAUCAUCUCAAAAACCAAUAAUAUUUUCACCACCAACUUUAAGUAAUAACAGCACAUCAAAAUUUACAUUCAAUCAACAAUUACCUGAAUUACCUAAUGAUUUUAAUUCUAAUAGACAACAAAGUGUUGGAUAUAAUUUACAACAUGAAUUUGAAACUUUAACUGCUGAAUUAGAUUUAGAUUUAAAUAAUAAUCAAAUAAAACCUUCUCAUAGUGCACCACCUGAAAAAGAUUUACAACAACAACAACAAGUACCAUUAAAACAACAAAAAUCAGGAAAUGAUCAAAUAACAUCAGAUCCAUUAGUUGAUUUCUCAAGACCUACAUCAAAUUCAACUUUAAUCGCUCCUUCGGCGUCAAAAUUAAAUCCUUCAAAUCCAUCUUCAAAUUUAUUAAAUUCAAAUACUUCAACAAAUUUUAAUAGAUCAAAUGAAAUAAAUUCAUUAUCACCGACUCCAAGUGUUGCAGCUUCAAAUCCUCAAAUAAAUUCAUUACUUGAUUCAAAAGGGUUAAGAGGAGCUACAGGUAGCUUUUUACACCCACCAUCUGCUUCAAUCCCAGAUAGACCACAAUCUGCUAAUGACUUUACGAAUAUUUUUAAUAGAGCAGGACAUGCUUUUACAAAUUUUGGAGCAUCAGGGCUACAAAAUCAGCAACAACAACAGCAACCUCAACAACAACAACAACAACAACAACUGCAAUCACAACAAUUAAAUUUGGCACCACAAUCAAACUUCUACUCUGAUCUAUUAAUAUUCAGUAAUUGGAUUGAAAAUUUAAAUCCACAAGAUACAAUAUCAAUGAUAGAUUAUUUAUGUGCAAGUUUACCAAUUGAUGUAUUAUUAACAUUUCAAGCUAAAUUAGAUAAUCAUUUACAAACAAAUAAACAACAAACAACAGUUCCUCAAUAUGUAAUGUCAUCUUAUGAUAAUUUAAUAGGACAAGAUCUCAACCUUGAUUUAGAAAAUUUAAAUUUAAAUGAUCAAAAAAUUAAAUAUAAACAACAACAAUUUGAUAAUCAGCAACAACAAAAUCAACAAGUACAACCACAAAAUUAUUUAAAUGUCGAUAAGCAAAAUCUAGCAAGACCAAAAUCGGCAGAUCCAUUCCUCAACAAUCAAAAAUCAGGAAAUCAACACACAAUCAAUCAAAAUCGUAAUCAACAUCAAAAUCAUUCAUUAGAUAGAUCAAAAUCUCCAACUUCUCAUUUAUAUGAAAAGACAAAUUUUUUACAAUUAGCAGCAGCUAAUCCAAGUCAUCCUCAAUAUUAUUAUAAUCAAUACAACAACAACAGUGGUUCAAUAAUAUCAGGAUCAAACAACAAUAAUUUAAAUAAUGUAAAUAAUCAAAGUAAUAAUUCACAAUUUUAUUCACCUCAAAGUUUAAAUAGUGCAACAAGUCCAGGAAAUGGUUUACAUCAGGAUGGAAACCUUGACAUGUCAAAUACUGCUUUAAAAUUAGGUGCUUUAGCUACAAUAAAUUCAAGAGUUGCUUUGGAUAGUAAUAGAAAACAUCCACAUGCCGGGACUAAUACUAAUUGGUCAAAUCAACAACAUCAUCAUAAUAAUCAUAAUCAUAAUCAUCAUCAUCACAAUUAUAAUAAUAAUAAUCAUCAUCAUCAACAAAUCUCCCCACAAAAUUCUAAUAAUUUUCAUAAUUUAAAUCAUUUAAAUGCAAUGAACUAUGAAGAUUCUUUAAAUAGAAUAUCAAAUUCAUCAUCAGUACCUACAACAAGUUCAUAUUAUAAUAAUAAUAAUAACAAUAAAAAUUUUAAUUCAACAAUGGGAUUAAAAAAAAGAAUAUCAUCACCAAUAUCAAGUCAUAUGCAACAACAAAAUAUUUCAACAAGUUCAUUAAAUAGUCAAUUAGGAAAUAUAAAUGUAAAUUCAUCAUCAAUGCCAUUAGAAGUUUCAAGUUUAGAAUAUUUAAAUAAUAUUCCUUCUUGGUUAAAAUUAUUAAGAUUACAUAAAUAUACUGAUUUUUUAAAAGAUAUUUAUUGGAAAGAUUUAAUUGAAUUAAAUAAUGAAGAAUUAGAAGAAAAAGGAGUUGCUGCUUUAGGAGCAAGAAGAAAAUUAUUAAAAGCUUUUGAAAUGGUUAAAGAAGUUCAUGGUGAUGAUUCAAAUGAUAAAUAG